AUGUCUGCUUCAUUAAAAGAAACGUUUGAAAGAUGCAAAAAAGAGGGCAGAAAUGCCUUGGUUAACUUUAUCACCGCCGGGUAUCCAACAAUUGAAGAUAGUUUACCUAUUUUAAAAGGUAUGCAAAAUGCCGGUGUUGAUAUCAUUGAAUUGGGGGUUCCAUUUUCUGAUCCUAUAGCUGAUGGACCAACCAUCCAAGCUGCAAAUAAUGUUGCCUUGGAUAACGGGAUCACUGUUUCCAAAUGUUUGGAAUUGGUUAAGAAGGCAAGAUCCGAAGGUAUAACUGUUCCUAUCAUCUUGAUGGGUUAUUAUAAUCCAAUUUUAAAAUACGGGGAAGAAAAAAUGAUCAAGGACUCGGCAGAAUCUGGUGCUAAUGGUUAUAUUGUUGUUGAUUUACCUCCUGAAGAAGCCGUUAAAUUUAGAUCUACCUGUACCAAAUACGGUUUAUCGUAUGUUCCUUUAGUGGCACCAGCCACCACCGAUGAACGUUUGAAAGUCUUGGGUGGUAUUGCUGAUUCUUUCAUCUAUGUGGUUUCUAGAAUGGGUACCACUGGUGCUUCAACUGAAGUUUCCAAAGGAAUUUCUGAAUUAUGUGCCAGAGUUCGUAAAUUUGCUGGUGAUACUCCACUUGCUGUUGGGUUUGGGGUUUCUAAUAGAGAUCAUUUCUUAACCGUCGGUGCUUCGGCUGAUGGUGUGGUUAUUGGUUCUAAAAUUAUCACUUUAAUUGGUCAAUCUAAACCAGGUGAAAGAGGUGAUACUGCUUUUAAAUUUGUUAAAUCUAUUUUAGGAGAAGAUUAUGAGGCUCAUGCUCCAAAAACUUUCACUAAUGCUACUCUUUCUGAGUUCAAAGAUACUAAACAGGUCUUAGAAGAAUUACAUAAAUAUAAUCCAAAAUUCGGUGAUUUUGGUGGUCAAUACGUUCCUGAAGCCUUACAUGCUUGUUUAGCCGAAUUAGAAAAAGGUUUUGAAGAUGCCGUUGCUGAUCCUGAAUUUUGGAAUGAAUUCAGAUCUUUGUAUUCUUAUAUCGGUAGACCGUCUUCUUUCCAUAGAGCUGAACGUUUAUCUGAAUACGCUGGUGGUGCUCAAAUUUGGUUGAAAAGAGAAGAUUUAAAUCAUACUGGUUCUCAUAAAAUUAAUAACGCUCUUUCUCAAGUUUUAAUUGCCAGAAGAUUAGGCAAAACUAAAAUCAUUGCUGAAACUGGUGCCGGUCAACAUGGUGUUGCUACCGCUACCGCUUGUGCUAAGUUUGGUUUAAACUGUACUGUUUUCAUGGGUGCUGAAGAUGUUAGACGUCAAGCUUUAAAUGUUUUCAGAAUGAGAAUUUUAGGUGCUAAAGUUGUCGCUGUUACUAAUGGUACUCAAACCUUAAGAGAUGCUACCUCUGAAGCUUUUAGAUUUUGGGUUUCUCAUUUAGAAAAUACUCAUUAUGUUGUUGGUUCAGCUAUCGGUCCUCAUCCUUACCCAACCUUGGUCAGAACAUUCCAAAGUGUUAUUGGUCAAGAAACUAAAGAACAAUUCAAAGAAUUAAACGAUGGUAAAUUACCAAAUGCCGUUGUUGCUUGUGUCGGUGGUGGUUCAAACUCAACUGGUAUGUUCUCACCUUUCGAAAAAGAUACCGAAGUUAGAAUGUUGGGUGUCGAAGCCGGUGGUGAUGGUUUAGAUACUGAACGUCAUUCCGCUACCUUAACUGCUGGUAUUCCUGGUGUUUUCCAUGGUGUCAGAACCUAUGUCUUGCAAGAUGAUGAUGGUCAAGUUCAUGAUACUCACUCUGUCUCUGCUGGUUUGGAUUACCCUGGUGUUGGUCCAGAAUUAGCUUUCUGGAAGAGUACUGGUAGAGCAGAAUUCGUUGCUGCUACUGAUGCCCAAGCAUUGGAAGGUUUCAAAUUACUUUCUCAAUUAGAAGGUAUUAUUCCAGCCUUGGAAUCCUCUCAUGCCAUUUACGGUGGUGUUCAACUUGCUAAAACCAUGAGUAAAGACCAACAUAUCGUUAUCAACGUUUCCGGUAGAGGUGAUAAGGACGUUCAAAGUGUUGCUGAAAUUUUACCUAAAUUAGGAGACAGAAUUGGUUGGGAUUUGAGAUUCGAAGAUGAUCCAUCGAAGUAG